AUGGACGGAACGUACUUUCCCAUUCACACCAUCAUCAUUUCACGCGAAGCCGUUUCGCCAGAUUCUUCUUCCGCAGACGCUACGUACAGCAAACACCUUCCUGAUGCCGCACGACUCUCCACUAUCAGCCAUGCGGCUGCAGGCAAGCAGACUAUCAUCCGACCUUCAUCGAUACAUUGCGCCGCAACGGAUCGGAUCAUCCACGUGUACGACUUGCUCGAUGACGAAGCGAAGGCAUACGGCAUGGCAAUCGAGAGGGAUGGUACAGACAUCCUUGAGGAUUCAUCAGACGUGAAGAUUAAUCGGCACAAGCUGCGGAUGGAGAGCAGCGAUGAUGAGGACCGACGAUACAGAAGCAGCGCAUGGUUAGCUUGCUCCGUCUACGCUCCUAAGAAAGCUGGGUAAAUAGGCGAAUGUCUGGCGAAUCUGGGUCUGCCGUUGGGCAACACUACACUAAUGAGUGCGUCUUGUGCUUUCGAUAGUGUCGCUUUGCUCGCUGCUUCAAGCUGAUG